AUGGAUGAAGAACAAUCCAAGAAAACAGCUUCCAAAUCAACAACAACAUUAAAUAUUAUUCAACCAAGACGACGUAUGGUUCAAAAUUAUUUGCUCAUCUGGAUCGAUGGUAGUAUUGAUGAAACAAAUCCAGAUUGUCAAAAUACACUCGCGCGACUGCGUAGUGUAGUCAAUGAAGUCACACUCUGUACCGAACCGACACAAUGUAUCAAAUGUCUUAAUGACAUGAAAGACGAAAAAAUUCUCAUCAUUUCUUCCGGUACCGUAGGUCAACAUCUGGUGCCACAAAUUCAUGAUAUGUCACAAUUACAUACUAUUUAUAUCUUCUGUAGCAACGAAUCUCGACACAAGGCAUGGGUCAAAAAUUGGUCAAAGAUUGAAGGUAUAUUCACUUCAAUAGAACCAAUAUGUGAAUCGUUAAAACAAGUUGCUCGCCGAUGUGAUCAUAACACAAUCCCGAUGAGCUUUGUUCCGAAGCGAAUGAUACCAACAACAGCAUCGAAUCAACAAAAUCUCGAUCAAUUGGAACCAUCUUAUAUGUACUCCUUGUUAUUCAAGGAAAUCAUCUUAGAAAUCGAUGAAGAUGAUGCAAAACCGUUAGAAGAUCUAGUAGCUUAUUGUCGACAACAAAAUGUCUCAGAAUCUGAAUUGAAAAAUUUUCAGGACCAAUACUACCUGAAAUCACCAGUCUGGUUGUAUACCUGUGGUAUUUUCUUGUACAAAAUGCUUAACUGUGCCUUGCGAUCACUUGAUACGGAAGCCAUGAUCAAAAUGGGUUUUUUUAUCCGAAACCUGCAUCGACAACUGCAACAGUUACAACAGGAACAAUCGGGUGCGAAUAAAAAACAAUUUAUCGUUUAUCGCGGUCAAGGAUUUUCCAAACAAGACUUCGAGCAUCUACUGGAUACAAAAGGUGGACUUCUAUCAUUCAAUAAUUUCUUGUCUACCAGUAAAGAUAAACACGUAGCUCUGGCAUUUGCUCCAUCUACAUCGCACAAAGACAAAGACAUCGUGGGUGUUCUCUUUAAAAUGACAAUUAAUCCUAGUAAAAUUUCGACUUCAAGUACUCCAUUCGCCCUUAUCAAUGAUUGCAGUAAUUUUUCAGAGGAACAAGAAAUUCUCUUUUCAAUGCACACUGUCUUUCGUGUUGGCGAAAUUCAACAGACGGCCAACAAUCGUUAUCUAUGGGAAGUACAAUUGACUCUCACAGACGUCAAUGAUCCACAACUGGCUGCUCUCACCAAACGGAUACGAGAAGAGAUUGAUGGAACUGGAUGGUAUCGAAUGGGUAAAUUGAUGCUCAAAAUGGGUGACUUCAAUCAAGCUGAAGAACUUUACAACGGAUUACUCAAGAACGAUUCUAGCGACAGUGAUAGAGCAUAUAUUUAUCACCAGCUUGGAUGCUUAAAACGUGACCAAGGGAAAUACAAAGAAGCAGCUUCAUUUGAUGAAAAAACACUCGAAAUCGAGCGAAAAACUCUCCAAGAAGAUCAUCCUUCAUUGGCUCCUACCUACACUAAUAUCGGUCUAACGUAUGCCGACAUGGGUGACUACUCGAAAGCACUUGAGUUUUAUGACAAAGCACUUAAAAUACACGAAAAAGCUGUACCUCCAAAUCAUCUCGAUUCGGCUACUUCUUACAACAACAUCGGUGUUACAUAUGAAAACAUGGGUGAUUACUCGAAAGCACUUGAGUUCUACUAUAAAGCACUUAAAAUAUACGAAAAAACUUUGCCUCCAAAUCAUCCCGAUUUGGCUAAAUCCUACAGCAACAUUAGUGCUACGCAUGACAGCAUGGAUGAGUAUUCGAAAGCACUUCAUUUUUACGAUAAAGCGCUUAAAAUUAAAGAAAAAACUCUACCUCCGAAUCAUCCCUCAUUGGCUAUUUCCUACAACAACAUUGGUGUUACGUAUAAAAACAUGGGUGACUAUUCGAAAGCACUUGAGUUUUACGACAAAGCACUUAAAAUUAAAGAAAAAACUCUACGUCCAAAUCAUCCCUCAUUAGCUGCUUCCUACAGCAACAUCGGUAUGGCGUAUUCUGGCAUGGGUGACUACUUGAAAGCACUUACGUUCUACAACAAAGAUCUAGAAAUCACGAAAAAGUCUCUGCCCCCGAAUCAUCCCGAUUUAGCUACUUCCUACAACAACAUUGGUGUUACGUAUAACAACAUGGGUGACUAUUCGAAAGCACUUGAGUUUUACAAUAAAGCACUUAAAAUAAACGAAAAAGCUUUGCCUCCAAAUUAUCCUUCACUGGCUAUCGCCUACAAGAACAUCGGUAUGGCAUAUUCUGGCAUGGGUGACUACUCGAGAGCCUUAACGUAUUUAGAAAAGACACUUGCCACCGAACAAAAAUCACUUCCACCAACACAUCCUUCAAUUGAAACAACGAUAAAUAAGAUAAACUCCAUAAAAAAAAAGCUGUGA